AUGUCUUAAUAACUAUUUAAGGUGUAUUUGCAAUCCAUUUCACAUACUUUCAAGGACUUACCAAAAGGAAACUUUUACUGGAGAUUCCAUAAAAGAGAUAUCAACAAGAUAAUUACAACUCCUUGUCCAGUAGAUUCACCAGCCUAAGAACAAGAAAUAUAAUUGUAUAAAGAAUUAAGAGCAUAAAUUGGAGUGAGAGAAGACUUUGUAUGUCCUCAAUGUCCCCAUCAUUCAAAAUGCCCGAAGGCAUUUUAAUAAACAGAUGGAGGUAAUAUGUAAACAUUGCUAUUGCCACAUCUUUCCAAAUUUUUAGAAACCAUCAGUACUCAUUAAAUGAACUUAUAAAAUGAUUAAAAAAGCUUUUGGUUAUCAAGUACAAGAGUUUUAGAUACAUUUCAUUCUGUUUUAAUUGAUUUUCAACUCAACCAAAACAAACUCAACGAAUAGUUUUUGAGUGAUAUAGCUUAAGUAUCUGAAAAUGAGCCUAUUCGACAACAAGAACCUAUCAAAAGAACAGAUAAAUAUACCAAGAAAGCUGAUUUUUUAGAUGAACAAAAUAAUUCACCAAAAAAGGAAGGCAGAAAACAAGAAACUGAAGAAUUUGAUAAUGAAAAUAAGUAUUAAGGCAGAAGAUAAAAUUCUUAUGAUAAUUAUGAGAAUAGACAUGAAAAAUUUAAUAGAUAUGAUAAGGGAGACAGAUAUAAUAAUAAAUUUGAUAGAUCAGAAUAAUUCAACAGAAGAGACAGAUUUGACAAGUAUGAUAAUUAAUAGAAAUAUGAUCGUUAAUUUGAUUAAGAUAAUAAUAAUGAUUCUGGUAGAUUUGAUAAAUAUGCAUAUAAAUAAGAUAAAUAUGAAAGAUAUGAUAACAAAGAGAGGUACAAUAGAAGAGAGAGACCUUAAAGAUAUGAUAGAGAAGCUAAUGGAGACCAAUAUAGAGAAAAUAGAAGUUUUGAUAAAUAUGAGGAUAGAGGUUAACGAUAAGACAGAUAUGAAAGAAGAGAUAAAUUUGAUAAAUUCGAUAAAUUUGAUAAAUUUGAUAAAUUUGAUAGAAAUGAUAGAAAUGAUAGAAGCUUUAAAGGAGAUAGAUUUGAUAGAAGAAAUACAGAUUAUAAUGAAGAAAGUAAAGAAACUUCAAGAAAUUAUAGAGGAAGAAAAGAUGAUUUUUCAGAUAGUUUCAACAACGACGAGAAAGGUCAUUAAGAGAAUGACAGAUUUUAAAAAAAUAAUAAACAAACAAAAAACAAGGAGGAAGACGAUUUUAAUACCUUUGUAAAAUAAAGAGAAUAAUAUUUAAAAGAGAAGGAUGAAAGUUAUGAAGGAGACAAAAAAUUCAAUUAGAAUAAAAAAGAGGUGAAGAAUGUCUAAUAAAAUGAUUAAACUAAUUAAAAUGAUGUAAAUGAUGAGGAAUCUCCAUAAGGAAGAAAAGUUAAAAAGAGUAUGAAGUUUAAAAUGCAAUGA